AUGUGGCUUGGAGAAAGAACAGAAAUUAGUCUUCAUCCAUAUCAAUUGGGCUAUUUAAUGUUGAUCGUUAAAAAAACUCAUGGAAGUUUUGAAUUACAAGGUGUACAAGAAAAAAAUCUUAACUCACAGUUGUAUAAUAAUAAUUAUAAUCUUCAAAUAAAAAAUCUUAUUCAACAAGAAAAAGAAUAUUGGAAACAAUUAGCACAAAUAAUUGCAAAACGAACAAAUUUACAUGAAGUAACAACAAAUAAAUUAACAUCUUCAUCUAAUAUUCAACCUCUUGUUGUUAUCAAUGCUACAUUUACCAUGCCGAUCGAUAAAAAUAAUGAAAAUGCUCCUCCUUAUGAAUGUAAAUCUCCUGUAAAAAUAGCAAAAAUUCGUAAAAAGAAAAAAUGUAUAUCUUAG